GCUAAGCUCUAGCGGCCCAAUCUCCUUCGUCCUUCAAACCACGAUGGUAUGCAAGAAAUGUGAAAAGAAACUUUCCAAGGUUGCGGCGCCUGAUCCAUUUACAUCAAGCUCCAGCAGCAUCAAGGAUGGCUCACGCAAAGUUGGGGAGAACAAGCUUCUCGCACGGCCAGGCAGCUCCAAGAAUCGUUUUCAGCCGUAUCAAGGGAAAUGUAAGGACUGCAAGUCGACAGUCACCCAGAAUAAAGCAAAGUACUGUCAUGGGUGUGCAUAUAAGAAAGGUCUUUGCUCAAUUUGCGGGAAGCAGAUCCUGGAUACUACAGGCUAUGUCAUGUCGAGCAAGUAAGCCCGCAAAGUUUUAGACGGAUCACGGAUCUUUUGUUGUCAGUGUUGCUUGUGUAUACUUACAAAUGUGUUACCGUGUCCAUCGCUUCCAGGAUCUAAGAUUCAGGACGCUAUCCUCUUCCUUGGCAUCCAGA